AGAUAGUGAUCACUGAAACCCUAAAAAUUUACAGCCUUUCUCUCUCACCUGACGCUUUCCAAAAACCUCAUUUUUCUUCUCAUCACUCUUCCUUGAAUUUCGUGCCUGAUUUUGAAUUUUUUUUCUCUCUACAUUUUUGUUUAAUCUCUUUGAUUCUGUUGAUCAUUUCUGGGUUUAUUUUUUUAGAAUUUUUUUGAUUUUUUUUCUUUUGGUUUUGAAUGGCCACGCCGCCGGAUUCUUCUGCAAAUAACAACACCCCAAGUUCACCGGCGGCCAAAGCUGAUGGUGUCUCCGUUGUAACAUCGGCCGCCGGGUCUACUGUCAGCAGUCCUCAAGCUCGCCGGAAUUUGCAAGCACCAUGGGCUCAAGUGGUUCGUGGUGGAGAGCCUGAAGCAGCAUCAGUGUCAAGUCCUCGCUCACCGUCACCGUUGGCAUCGGCUGCCGGUGUUUCGCCGGAGAAAAUUUCGUUAUCGGAUGAUUGCUCGACCCAGAAGAUUUCGCCGGAGAUUUCUACUUCCGGUGCUCUGCCGGAGAGUUCUGAUAGUAAUGAUAGCAAUGUAGGUCGGCCGAAGAAGCCUGCUUGGAAUAAACCUGUAAACGGCGUUGUUGAGGCGGUUUCUGUUAUGGGUGGGGCUAUUUCCUGGCCUGCUCUCUCUGAGUCUACUAAGCCCAGCCCAAAAUCAGCUACUGAUUCAUCAAAACCUAUUUCAGAUGGAUCGACUUCUGUUUCUCAGGGUCCUAUAAUUUCUCAGUCACCUCAAAAACAAGCUAAUGUUAAUGCGAACACUAAUUCAAAUGCAAAUCCUACUACACCUGUUAGACAAAGAUCAAUGAAAUACAGAGGUAGCAGCAGCAGUGGUGUUGGUAGUGGUCCAGGUGCUGGAGCAUUUAUUAGAACUCCGCCUCCACCUCCACCUCCACUGCCUCCACCAUUUCCUGUAAUGCACUAUCCACCUGUUCUCGAGCCUCCUGUAAGAGGUUCAAGAUCUGUUGGAGGAUUUCCGUCUCAGCCGCAUGGAGCAAAUGAUCAUUCUCCCCAUAGAAAUCAUGGCAGGAAAGGUAACUUUGGGGGCCGACCCCGUGGAGAUGGAUCUUAUCAUAACAAUCAUGGGGGAAGGCGUGAUCAAGAUCGGAGAGACGUUCAUAUGGCUCCUCAGUUUACUCCUCCUCAUGCAGCCUUCAUGCGGCCUCCACUCCCUGGUUCUGGCCCAUUUCUUCCAACCCCUAUAAGACCCUUUGUUACUCCGAUGGGAUAUGAUAUGACUCCAUUCUUUUAUGUUCCUCCAUUGAGCCCAGAGCCCUAUAGUGGUGUGUCUAUCAUCAACCAAGCCCCACAAUUACCCCAACAUUUACCUUUAGUGGAUCCAAAUUUGCCUCCCUCCUUGGUUAAUCAGAUAGAGUAUUACUUCAGUGAUGCUAAUCUUGUAAAAGAUGACUUUUUGAGGUUACAGAUGGAUGAGGAAGGUUGGGUUCCUAUGCAAUUGAUUGCUAACUUUCCUCGAGUUAAGAAUUUGACAGAUAAGGUCCAGUCUGAUACUAUCCAGUUCAUUUUGUAUUGUUUGAGGGCUUCAACGUUUCUAGAAGUGCAGGAUGAGAAGGUAAGGAGACGGGAUGGUUGGAGGAAAUGGACUCGUACUUCUAGCCAGUUUGCAGCUGAUUCAGGUUCGUCCACAUCUGCUGCAUCGACAGACGGUGGUCUAACAGGUUCCUUACAGAAUGUCUCUGAGAAUGAAUCAGCUACAAAUAUUAGUAGUGCUGCAGAAGUGACCAAUGCUCAACUGGAGGUAUCUGCCGGUGGCUUAUCGGACGAAUCAGCUAAUCAAUCAAAGCCGGCUCAAGAAGGCUGCGCUGACGCUGAAAAAAUCUCUACCAACCACGCAUGAAACAAUGCUGUUGAUUUUGCAACGAGUGGCAACUCUGUCUUGCAUACUGAUUCAAUUACGGAAGGUGUAUUUGGAAGGUUAUACAUACAUCAUUUGCUGCCCUUGGUGGAGGCCAUAUUUUUUGCAGUUUUUGAGGUGAGUGGAAGAGUUAAAACUAAUGUGUAAGUUAUCUGGUAUAGAGAGUGGAACAAUAGUGGAGAUUAAAAGGAUAUACAGUUGAGGCUUGAAACUUUUCGAGUCGUUUGGCUCGUAUAAUUGCAUCGCAUAUGCAGGCUGGUAUUCCAUUGUGUGAUUCAAUGGAGUGAAUUUGGAUUUUGAGCUUAAGGUUUAACUUUUUUGGGUUGAAAUUUACCUCCAUUUCAGAGGAAAACAUUCUGAAAAUGUAGAUUUAGUGCUUGGCUGGUAACCAGAGUGAUUGAGCUCUGCUGAUUUUGUUAUACUUAUCUAGGCAUAUUGAUUGUUUUAAAUUAUUUUGUUUCUUUUUGCA